AUGAAUAUUCUGCCCAAGAAAAGCUGGCAUGUGCGCAAUAAGGACAAUGUUGCGCGUGUGCGGAAGGACGAAGCCGAGGCCGCGGAGGAGGAGCGUAAGCGCAUCAAGAGAGUGGAGCUCGCGGAACAAGAGGCCAGGACAGACUUCCUCCGUAAGAAGGCCAGGUUGUCAUUGGCAAGUCCCUCCGGUAGUGAUGUGGUUGCAGCGAGCGGACAAUCUGCUCAUGUCAACUUCUUCCAGGAUGUGGAGGAUGGCGGCAAAGGGACCAACCAAGGAAACAAGGAGUACGAAGAGGAGAAGCAAAAAGAAAAGGAGCGCCGAGAGAAGGCGCUGGGCAUUCUGACCUACCUGGGGCAAAGUUCAGCCGAAUCCCAGACCUGCCCCCCCUGGUACCAGGAGGUCCCGACCCGAUGCAAAGAUGGCGAGGACUCCACCAAGGACGAGAAGCUGAAAGGAAAGCUGGACCCGCUGUGUGAUAUGGAGAAAUACCUCCACAAAAAGACGGGGGAGAAAAAGAAACACUCUGAGAAAAAACAUAAGAAACAUAAAAAAACCAAAGAGGAGGAGAGGAGGCCCAAACCGUCCAUGGAGCAACUGCGGCAGGAACGCCUGAAGAGGGAGGCUGCGGAGAGGGCGCGUGCCGAAACAUUGCUGUCCGGGAAGAAAAAUCCCUCCGCUCCAGAGGAAGAGAUGGACGACCGGAAAAGACGGUACAACUCGCAGUUCAAUCCGCAGGCUGCCCGAAAACCCAAAGUACGAGAGGAGCCCUGGAGACACCUGGAUUAA